AUGGAAUACAAGAGGUGCGCUCAAGCGAUCCUCUUCUCCUUCACUACCGUUGUGAUCUAUAUCAUCAGCUUCCAGUGUUCAUCAACUCCAGUGUUUCUACCUUGUACAUGUGUACUGAUAAACACUGGCGAGUUCACCUUUUACGUGAGCCAGGCCACCGACACAGUAUCACAAGGUGCCUACACCCCACUAUCGAUCUCCAGCCACUCACUGGCAAAGGACUUCAGACACGCUGAUCGGGGUCACAAACAACCAUAUACAGGGGUUCCCUCAGAAAGUUCGUCGUCGUCGACGGAGGUGUUGGCGCGGAUGAUCGGUCCUCUGGCAGGCGACGACCCUCGAGUGUUGCAGGUGCUGAGGGACCAGUUCCUCGACCCUCCCUCCGCCCUACCCUACAACCUCACCUAUCACGUCUGGCUCUCCAACGGCAACCGCCUGUUCACCUGGCCGUGGAUACACAGGCGUCUCCGCAAGCUCUUCUCGGGUCAGCGGGGUGGAUACUUCGUCGAAGCCGGAGCGCUGGACGGCGAAUACAUUUCCAACACCCUGUGGUUGGAAGAGAAGAUGGGCUGGACGGGAUUGUUGAUCGAAGCAGAUACAGUCAGCUAUAGAGCCCUGAGGAGCAAACAUCGGAAAGCUUGGUCUUCAAACACCUGCCUCUCGUCGGAGUAUUACCCCAAGGAAACAGUAUUCGUGUCUCACUUUGCCAAACUGAAGCAACCGAUCUCGCCUUUUUCGUUCCGAGCUCACAGUCAUGAGCUGCGGGAGGACAUCGACCAUACCCACCACGACUAUUUGGACGAAAAGUCGUUUUCCAUCUUGAAUUGCUUUCCUCUCGUCUCCUACCUAGCAGCCUUAAACGUGACAACCGUUGACCUCCUGGUACUGGACAUACAGGGCACCGAAGUGCCUGUCCUAAGAAACUUCUUGACGCACAGCAACAUCUCCAUCAGGGUGAUCGUGGCGGAGAACGAGUAUAACAACUUCGAUGAGACAUUUCUGAAGUUCAUGUCAGACCGGGGCUACAGUGUCCUGGCUGCGGCUAUCGACUACGUCUUUGUUAAGACGGAUGAUCCCGUCCUAAGGCUAUCCGAAGUGGAGGCUAUGUUCAAUAGCACCAGUUUAUCUUUACGUAAUGUAACACUCAACAGCUGA